UCGCGCGUCGACGACGACGCGUCGCGAAGUUCGCUCGUAUAUACGGGAUUAACUUAAGAGCCGCGCUCGUUUCUGCCUCAAUCGUGUUACAUCUCGUUAGAUGGACUAUCGCUUCCAGAGGAAUAAAAUCGAAGAGACGAAGAACCUCUGGUGAUAAGACGAUGCAAUGUUCGCGGACGUUGCACACUGUCACCGACAAAACUGGAUCGCAACGUCUCAACGAGGAAGCGAAGCAUCGAGACGAAUAUCAUAGUAGAAGAUUCUCCGAGUCGGUGGUUCGAAUGAGCUUGAAAGAUACUUAUACUUGGAUCGUCAUCGAAAAGCAUGAAUUUAUCGAGAGAUGGGACGCGAGAUUAUAAUUAAAUCUCGUGAUGUUGCGUGACAUGUGUCAUGUACUAUGAGUAAGAUAGUUUCUCGUAGUGCAAACGGGAUUAAUCGCGUGUACGAUCCAAUCAGUAUUUAAUCGCACGCGUUAAGCUAAGGCGAAAAUUGAAAGCGUCGGAUUCGACGGCGUAGAUUUAAAGCACAGACAUGUCGGGGCGACCUAACGGUCGGCUCGACGUGGAAUUGCCUGACGUCGGCUUGGUAUAAAACAGCCGGUAAUAAAGAAGAAGUGGCGUGAAGAAGAAGAGGGAACUCUUUGAGCGCAUGGCAGAAGGAGAGAGGGGAGGGGAAGAAGGAGCGAGCGAGAGGAGCAAAAUGGGAGCAACGAGAUAUGUGUUAGGCAGCGCGAUCUUGGGACUCUUUUGGAGCAGCUUACUCAAGGGCGUCCUGACCAACUCCACCAGCAGGUGCGAUUAUCCGCCCUGCUCCUGUGACCACUACGGCAGAUUAACCUGCGACUGCAAGGAGGAGGGAGAGGAAUUAAUCCUAACUACAGAGGGGGACAGACGGCUGAGUCCACACACCAGCAGGAUAGUAGUGAGCAACUGUUCAUCCGUGAUGCUUGCGAAUUCAAGUCUGAUCUCGAUGACUGGACUACGAUCGGUGGAUCUAGUGAACGUGGCGAAUUUGACUCUAGUCAGACAGAGUUUCGAACUAUCGCCGUUCAGCAUGCGUACGCGAAUCUAUGUGCGAAACAGCAGCAUCGACGUAAUGCCGAGCUUCGUCUUUCGCGGCGACAUCGAGGCGAUCACGUUCGAGAACGUACGGAUCGGCCAGCUGAGUGCCUUCUCGUUCGCCAAUUUGAUUCACACGGAAAACCUACGGCUGGAGAACUGUCGUAUUGAAACAACGGAGGCACAAGCCUUUAAAAAGUUCGAGGUCGGCUAUUUACACGUGAUAGGUGGUACGUUCGGCGAUCAGAUGCCGAGUCGCACUAUGAACGAUAUCGAAGUCUAUCAUAAAUUCAUGUUGGAUGGCGUGAAAAUGGGCGUUGUGAGGAGCAACGCUUUCAUAGUAAAGAGUCCACGCACGGUUGCGAUACAGAACUGCAUAAUCGACAACCUGGAGAGCGAGGCUUUCGAUGUGACGGCGCAGGGCGCCGUUAUCAUUAAGAACAACACCUUCGGUAGCAUCAGCGUGGGUGCGUUUCUAGGUAUUCGCGCGGAUCGCGAAACUAGAUCGCCGUCGUCGUCAGCGUCGUUGACACACGAUCUCAUUUUCAAGAACAACAGCGUAAGCAACUUCGAAGAGGGUUCGCUGAUGUUCGAUCGCACGAGUUUCCGACCAGAGCUUGAUAAUCUCAUCAUCUCGCUACCAUGUGACUGCCAGAUGUUACCCGUGUGGAAGAACUAUGUGCUCAACUACACGAACGUCUAUUCGCGGUUCUACGCGAGAGAAAAUUUGUUUGUGCCGCCCCAAUCGCAACCCCAGGAGCCCAUCAACGAGACUCCGGAAACUUUCCUAUGUUUGGACGGCGGAAUAGACGGUACGCCGAUCAGCUUCGUCGAUUACGAGGGACGUCACUGUUCGCUCGGUGGCUCCACGCUCGUCUUCAUCCUAAUCAUCGUGGGUGCUAUUCUCGCCCUGAUAAUAUGCGUGUGUUUGAUCGUCUGGUGCUGUCGAAGGCGCCGACAAAACAACAGAAAGAAGUGGAUCAGUGUGCCGACCAAUGCACCUGACGUAGUGUCGAAGAAGAACGGCGUAAUCGGCAGAGAGGCCGCAACGUCCGGCACGCCGGUCGACAGCAGGAUAACGAUGGUUGUACCAGACGGCAGAUUAUAUCGAGAAACGGAGUUUCAUGUGAUCGUCGAGAAGGCCGAGCCGCUUACGACCGAAUUGUAACGAGACGCCCCAGGCGGCUCGACGAGGAGGCCUACGAUCGUCCCUCCCGUUGAAGAGGAACUCGAGUGGGCGGAAACGUCGAGCCGCUUUAGAGUGUACAAGCUAUGAAAGCUAUGAAAGACGUCGCGCAAUUGGCGCCAGUGAAGAACAGUAAAAACCAUAAAAACUUAGAUCCGACGUGCUCAUAGAAUGUGAGAAUAGUUCUUCCAGUGGAGGAAGGAAAAUUCCUCGCAUCUUAAUUGCGUGCGUAUUAUAGACUGUGUAAACUAUUGCCGCUUAAGGUAAUGAAAAUGCAAAAUAUAUGCAGACCCAAAUCGUUUUUAAUUUAUAUAACUGAUUGUUUUCAAUUUAUAUAACUGAUUGUCUCUUCUAGUACAACACAGUUCGUAAGCUUCCAUUCACAUAUCAUGCGAUGGCCGAUUAUUCCAAUCGCGCACUCUUCUCAUUCCUCGGACUGACUUUUACUUCGAGAAGGCAGUCAUAGAAAUUAAAGUUUUUUAGAAUGAAUCGCGAAUUUGGAUAAUCAGUCGCCGCAGUUAGUUAAGUUUAUCAUUAAACUUUCAAAAAA